UCGACGUUUUCUUCAAAACCUCUGCUUAAACCCUCACAAGCAGAAAAGCGGAAACUGAAACAUCUCUCUCUCUCUCACUCUCUGGACUCCGUGGCCAUUCACGGCGAUGUAUCGAUUAGCUUCCAAAUUAGCUUCCUCACUCGGUUCCUCAACGUCGAGAAAACUCGUAUGUAGCAGGGUAACAAGCAGCAGAAGUUAUGCGGCGAAGGAUAUCAAUUUUGGGGUUGGGGCUCGUGCAGCUAUGCUUCAAGGUGUCUCGGAUGUUGCUGAAGCUGUUAAAGUGACAAUGGGACCAAAGGGUCGCAAUGUAAUUAUCGAUAAAAGUUUUGGCAGCCCAAAAGUCACAAAGGAUGGUGUUACUGUAGCCAGAAGUAUCCAAUUCAAGGACAAGGCUAAAAAUGUUGGGGCAGAUCUCGUAAAGCAAGUCGCAAGUGCCACGAACACUGCUGCUGGAGACGGUACAACUUGUGCAACUGUUCUGACUCAUGCCAUUCUCACCGAAGGUUGCAAGUCAAUAGCUGCAGGUGUAAAUGUGAUGGAUUUACGCAUUGGUAUCAAGAUAGCAGUUGAUGCUGUUAUCUCUGAGUUGAAAAGCAGAGCAUUGAUGAUAAGCACCCCAGAAGAAAUUACUCAGGUUGCCACUAUUUCUGCAAAUGGUGAACGUGAGAUUGGAGAAUUGAUAGCGAGGGCAAUGGAGAAAGUUGGAAGGGAAGGAGUGAUUACUGUUUCUGAUGGAAACACUCUGGAGGAUGAAUUGGAAGUGGUGGAAGGAAUGAAGCUAGGCAGAGGCUUUAUUUCUCCUUAUUUUAUUAACGAUCAAAAGAGCCAAAAGUGUGAACUAGAAAACCCUCUCAUUCUCAUACACGAAAAGAAGAUUUCAGAUAUGAAUUUACUCCUGCGAGUACUUGAACUUGCAGUAAAGAAUAAAAGGGCACUUCUUGUUGUAGCUGAGGAUGUUGAGAGUGAUGCACUUGCCAUGCUAAUACUUAACAAGCAUCAUGCUGGUCUGAAGGUAUGUGCCAUUAAAGCUCCUGGUUUUGGGGACAAUAGAAGAGCAAAUUUGGAUGAUCUUGCCAUUCUGACGGGAGGAGAGGUCAUCACUGAUGAACGUGGUUUAACUCUUGACAAAGUGCAAGUAGAGAUGCUCGGUACUGCAAAAAAGGUUACUGUCUCCCUCGACGAUACAAUCAUUCUUCAUGGAGGCGGUGAUAAGAAACUAAUUGAAGAAAGAUGUGAGCAGUUGAGGACAAGUAUUGACCAGAGUACUGCAAUGUUUGACAAGGAAAAAGCCCAGGAACGAUUAUCAAAACUCUCUGGUGGUGUAGCAGUCUUCAAGGUAGGUGGGGUAAGCGAGAUAGAAGUUGGGGAGAGGAAAGACAGAGUCACAGAUGCCCUGAAUGCCACAAGAGCAGCUGUGGAGGAAGGAAUUGUGCCAGGUGGUGGAGUUGCCCUUUUGCAUGCUACGAAGGCUCUGGAUGAACUUCAAGCUCAAAAUGAAGACCAGAAAAGAGGAAUAGAAAUAGUGCAACAUGCUCUUAGGGCACCUACAUUUACCAUAGUCUCAAAUGCUGGAUAUGAUGGUGCUUUGGUUCUUGGGAAAUUAUUAGAACAGGAUGAUCGUAAUUUGGGUUAUGAUGCUGCCAAAGGUAUAUAUGUUGACAUGGUGAAGGCCGGAAUUGUAGAUCCUCUGAAAGUUGUGAGAACCGCUUUAGUGGAUGCUUCCAGCAUCUCAUUGCUGUUGACAACAGCCGAGGCAGCUAUAGUGGAACAUCCAGAUGAUAAGGAAAAGCUUCCGAGUAGAAUGCCGCCAAUGGAUGAUAUGGGCUACUAGGGAAAAUUAAUCUAAAUCUGAUUCCAUUAUAUAUCUCAAUUUUCGCUGGUAAUUAAUUUAAAAAACAAUAUGAUGUGAUCAAUUGAUUAAUUAUACAGGGAAGUGAAGUAGUCAAUGCUGAGGGGUCUGGAUGAACCAAUGUUCAUCUACAGAAUUCUAUGUUUUGUGGAUUCAAGUGAGUUUUUUUUUCCCACUUUCUUGUAAGACAUCAAGCAGCAAUGAGAAUGAGAUUAGAUCAGUUUGCCAUAA